AUGGCGUCAAACUACUCCUUCAAGUACUUCACCGUUCAAUUCCCGGCUGAGAGCCCAUACGUCGCUCAUGUGGAGAUCAACCGGGCGGAGAAGAUGAACGCCUUCUUCGAAGCUAUGUGGCUGGAAAUGCGUCAAGUCUUCACCCAACUUUCGGAAGACCCAUCUGUCCGGGCUAUCGUCCUCAGUGGAGCUGGCGAAAAGGCAUUCACCGCCGGGUUAGACGUCAAGGCCGCCUCGCAGGGUGGCAUCCUCUCCAGCGACUCGAAUCUCGACCCCGCCCGCAAGGCGGUCCACCUGCGCCGCCAUGUCCUCGAGUUCCAGGACUGCAUCAGCGCCGUCGAGCGCUGCGAGAAGCCCGUCAUCGUCGCCAUGCACGGGUUCUCACUCGGUCUGGCCAUCGACCUGUCCACCGCCGCCGAUAUUCGCCUCUGCUCCAAGGAUGUGCGAUUCGCCGUCAAAGAGGUCGAUAUCGGCUUGGCAGCGGAUAUCGGUACCCUCAGCCGACUGCCCAAGGUAGUUGGCAAUUUCGGCUGGGUGAAGGAGGUAGCCUUGAGCGCGCGCAUUUUCGGGGCCGAGGAAGCUCUUCGCGUCGGUUUCGUGAACUCCGUUCAUGAGAAUCGCGCGGCGACGAUCGCGGCCGCUCUCAAGCUGGCUACGCUGAUUGCAUCGAAGAGUCCCGUGGCCGUUCAGGGUACCAAGGAGAUUCUGAACUGGUCGCGCGAUCACUCCGUGCAGGAUGGUCUGCGGUAUACUGGUGUGUGGAACAGCGCGGCGCUGCAGACGGGCGAUGUCUCUACUGCUCUGCUCUCGGGGCUACAGAAACGUACCCCUACUUUCGAGAAACUAUAA